AUGUACCUGAAACCUGAGACGCUGGUGUCCGAGUGGUCAGCGGUGGAAUCGUUCCUCAGCGCGCACCCACUGGGCCUUCUAACAACAUGCAUCCCCCUUUCGAACCAGAGCACGCUGCAGGCGAGCCAUGUACCGUUCCACUUUAUCCGCCCCACCACGGAGCCUCGUUGCGCAAACACCAGUAGCGCAGGCCAGAGCGUUUGUGGUACAUGGAAUUCGUCUUCGUCGAUCGAUCUCGGUGUACUACAGUGCCAUCUAGCGCGCUCGAAUCCGCAAGCAAAAGCACUGCUUUCGCUCACCGAACCCACCGAGGUGCUCAUCGUGUUUUCUUCCCCCUCGAACCAGAAAGGCUACAUCUCUCCUUCGUGGUACACUACCACCAAGCCUGCAACUGCAAAGAGCGUCCCAACCUGGAACUACGCCGAACUCCAAAUCUACGGCACGCUCAGCAUCACUUCGCCCACUACUCUCUCCCAGAUCGUUCGGUCGCUGAGCGACUCGCACGAGUCACGUCUGGAACACAACAUAGGCAAACACGCUUGGUCCGUAGACGAUGCUCCUCCCAGGUACAUCGAGUUGUUGCAAAAUGCGAUCGUGGGCAUCCACGUCAACGUGACAAAAGUGGGCAUGAAGCUCAAAAUGUCCCGCGACAAGGUCCACGGCGACAGACAAGGCGUCGUCGCAGGCUUGAGGGACGCAGGCGCUGACGAAGUAGCUGAUCUCGUGGACAAAUUCGGACCACUUAACAAAUCAUGA